AUGAGGGGAUAUAAGAGGCUAGUAUGGGGAACGAGGAAGAGAGAUAUGAGAGCAGGAGGAGAGGAAGAGGAAGGAUUGAGGGGGGGAGAAGAGAGUGCAGCAGUGACAGGAAGGCUUUUACCGAUUUGGCUGGCAAACACACGAAUUGUGGUAGACAGGAAAUUUGCGAGGCCGAAGCUACACCGUUAA